CUAAAAUAAGUCGUCUGAAACAAUUGUUAUCCUAUAAUGUCAUUUAAUUUUAAAGAAAUUAAAGAUUUAUUAACUAUUAUUUGAUGAUUCUAAUGAAAUUUAGUCAAAGAUUCUGUAUAUUCAUGAAAAUAGAGAUGCACUUGGCAAAAUUUAGCUCAAGGAUUAAUUUUUUUUUUGGAAUAUGUAAAAAUUUUUAUUUUGUCUCUCUCUUUCUCUCUUCUUGCAGAUACUAUCCACCAAUUUUUGCUUUUUUUUUUCUCUAGCAUCGGUUUUUUCACCAGUUGCUGCAAGAGAGUUUUUUUUUCUAUUUUUUUUUUCUUUUUGUUCUGACCAUGUACUGUAUUUCUAGAUUCGAUUCGGGUGUUUUCUGUCUUAGUGUUCAGAUUUCUGGUGAUGGAGGGUGCACAGUAGUCUUCUGUAACUUUCAUAGUUUAAGGCUUCGUGUUUUAGCUCUAUGAGGACAGAUUUGAGUCAUGAUUCCUUAAGCUUUAUAUGUUUUAUUCUCCUAGAUUUGCAUCGAUGUUGGGUUCUUUCGAUCUUCCGGUGAGGUGAAUCCCGAUCUCUGAGGGGAAAGUUUGACGUUGCAAUGUGUUUUACCUCUACAUCUGAAUCACGGAGACUCUCACCUCUCUUUGAUGUCUGCUUUAGGAUGGAAUGGAUGGAGAUAAAAUUAGGGUUCUCUGGUGACAGCGAAGGCGAGUCGGCUGUUGGGUGAGGUUUCGGCUUAUCCACUUACUGGCUUCUAACUUGUGAAGCCAGUCAAAUCUGGUAGUCUUCUCUACGUGCCUUUUUCACUCUAUUCUCUUUUCAAGUUUCUAAAUUGUAUCUCUCGGUUUCAUUUUUGGUUGUCGUCUAUAGCAUCUGAUGGUUCUUUCAAUUCAGUCAAGCUCAGUGUACCUCCUAGGUGGUAGUUGUUUCUUUGUUUUGACUUGACGCCUUCUGGUGGUUUCGGCGGUGACUAUUUUAGUUAAUGUAGCGGUUUUUGACUAGUUUCGGCAAGUAUUUUUAGUGUUCUUUUUUUUUCCUUUUCUGGUUUUUUACUUGGUUCAGAUAUUUCUAGUUUGGAUUGGGUUGUGGUUAAUUUCAGUCUAUUUUUUUCUAUUUUUUUUUAAUUUUAUCUAUUUUGUAACCACAAUUUCAUCUGUUGUUAUAAGUUAGAAACAAAAAAAAAUUAAUACGACGAUUUUUUUAAAAGAACAUAAAAAGAGCUCUGAAUUUGAUUAAAUAAAUUAUAAAUCAUAAGAUGUCACAAAAAGCCAUAUUAAAUAAAGCGAUCAUGAAAUAAAUAAAUAAAACAUAUUAAAAGUUAAGACACAUGGGAACUUGGUACUGAGGUUGGGGAAAUUCAGGAGAAGAAAGCGACAAAAUUCAAAUCCAAAUGAAUAACGUUCGAUCUCUUUUCGUAAGGUAAUCAUAUAAACAAACGCCGACCAAGAAAAAGAAGUACAUAAUCAAACAACAGAACCAUUUAUAUGCAGACACUUAGAUGCUUAGGAAUAUCAAAACACAUUUUGCAAUUUAGUACCGUAGAAAGAGGAAAUAGUUUACAUUGAAAAAUCUAAAAAGGUCUUGUGAUCUGAUAUCUCCCCAUAUCCAAUAUAUCAUUUGAGAAGUAAAAAAGGAGAAAGAAAACAAAUAAACAAACAAACAAAACCAUUUAUAUGCGAUCAUACCAUAGAACUUUGCAGUUAAGCGAAAAAAGUGUUUCAAAAAAUGUGUUUAAAAAAGUGUGUUUCAGAAAAAAACGAAAGAGAAAGAAAACAAAUAAAAAACAGAACCAUUUAUAUGCAGACAUUUAGCUGUUUAAGAAUAUGACUGAUUCUGAACUAAAACAUACGAAACACCAGUUUUAGUAAAAAUCAAUAUUUACCUAUUUCCUAUAUCUCAAUGAAAUUAGAGACAAUCCGAUGUAAAGAACUCCAUUAAGAUAUUAGUCCAGGAAAAAAAAGAAUUUUAAAAGCACAAUAUUCAAGAAAUAAAAAAUAACAAAUUCAAAUCUAUUUCUUUAAGUAUAAAUAAAUCAAAUAAUCGAAGGAUUAUAAUUUUUUAUAAAAAGUACCGGGAGUUUUAUCGAUUUCCACUUAAAUAUCUCAAUAGAAAAAAUAUUAGUUAGUAAAGUGGAUUAUUAAGCAACACAACACAUACACAUGGAAAGAACAAAGAAACAUAACUGCUAAAGCAAAAAAGACUGCUUUACAACACUACAUAUUAUAGGCAAAGCAUUAAAAUUGUGAAGAAGAUACAACAAAAUCCUCCCCCUCCUGAUAAAAAAGUAUAGUGGAAAAUAAAAUAAAUCCAGCUUAUCAAGAAUCAACACAAGGCCAACAGAACAAAAACAAAGUAUUCUAAUUAAAGUGAGACCAAAUGAAAUGAUUUCAGAAUUCAACGUUGGAAAAGUGAUAGUCCCUACACAAGCAUCUUGUGGUUGGAGGAGCUAUGGCCCAAGAGUAAAAUCAGCACUCAAACAGUCCAAAUCCUCUCAAAUCUCACUUGAAAAAAAGAAGAUAAUGCCACUUUCUUAAACAAAUCUUACUCCCCACUCACUCAAAUCAGUAAUCAUCUCAAGCUAUUUAUAAGACCACUUUGAAUUCUCCAGAAACAGUAAGAAGCAAAAACCAAACAAAACAAAGAGACAAGACUUUGAUUCAAAACUUUUUUAGGAGUGUAAGAACAUGUCGUCAAAUGAAUUAUCUUCUUCAGCUCAAGCCUUCCAAGAACAAGUCAGUGGCGGUUUUGUCUCUAGAAAGCUGCUUCUGCACAACCCAUUUGACCACAACACACAACAAGCCUUCGUGGUCGCACCAUCUCCCCUAAUCACACAUGAGAACAACCUCAACGGGAAUAUCUUGAUGCUUCUCUCAGUCCUUAUCUGUGGAAUCAUCUGCUGCCUUGGUUUACAUUACAUCAUUCGUUGCGCAUUCAGAGGUACUUCAAGUUUCAUGAUCUCUGAGCCUAUCUCCAGUCUUUCAACACGACAUGGGUCACCAAACAAAGGAAUCAAGAAGAAAGCUCUUAAGAUGUUCCCGGUCGUGAGUUACUCACCUGGGAUGAACCUGCCGGGGAUCGGUGAAGAAUGCGUCAUCUGUUUGUCAGAUUUUGUUUCCGGUGAGAAGCUCAGGCUGCUACCUAAGUGCAACCACGGAUUCCAUGUUCGUUGCAUUGACAAGUGGCUUCAACAACAUUUGACUUGUCCAAACUGCAGACACUGUCUUGUUGAGACAUGCCAAAAGAUCUUAGGUGACUUCAGUCAAGCUGAUCAAGUGAUAGCAGCACAUACAGAGAGCACAAUUGUCAGGAUAGCUCCUCUACAACCUGAAGGAAGAGUAAACACUUUAAGAGAAAGCAGCUAAAUGGUCAAAAAUCUAUGCUCAAGUUCAGAAUAUAUACUCAAGUUAGAUAGAAGUUUGUAAAUCUGAGCAAAAUCAUGUCUAUAGCCAUAGAAGAGUUCCAAAAAAAAGAAAAAACAGGAUAGUUCAAUUUUUUUGUCUUUCUUUAUUUUGCCUGUAACACAAAGUGUAUACAGCGAGAAUAUAUUUAUAUUUAUCACU